AUGGAUCCCCUGCUGCAGCCGCUGCUGCGCCUCACGACAACCGGCGCGCCGAAAGAGGUGUCGACGGACGAUGCCAAGGACCAGAUCGAGACAUUUAUGACCGAAUUCAAGAUGCGCUGCGGCGCGGACGCGGCGGGCGACGCGCAGGACGUGUCGAACGCGGGCGGCGUCCUGAUGAGCCAGCUCAUCAACCUCCGCAACGGACUCGCCUCGGAAGAGGCCUAA